AUGGGCAAAGUCACGCAUAUUGUCCAGCUCCAGUUCAAGAGCGAUGUCAGCCAAUCCACUAUACAAGACGCUAUUAACACCAUGCUUUCGCUAAAGGAGGAGUGCCUCCACCCCAAGACAGGAAAGCCAUACAUUGUUUCGAGUACAGGAGGGAAGGAGUGUUCUGUGGAGGGAAUGCAGAACGGCAUUACGCAUGUCUUCGUCGUCGAGUUCGCAUCUGUCGAGGAUCGCGACUAUUACGCGAAGGAAGACCCGAAACACCUUGCUUUCGGUGCAAGUCUGGGUCCUAUCAUCGCACAAGUGCAGGUGGUGGACAUCGAAAAUGGUGUUUACUGA